AUGGAGACCAUUGCUGGAUAUGGAUACAACGAGGGCAAGGACGAAUCCAGCAGGACGAAUAAAUUGAACUUCAACAAGGGACGAGGCAAAGCGAACGUUGUCAGGUUGUCGGAUGCUACGCGUGGUGUUUUGCACAAGGUGGAAAAGCCGCCAGACCGCCACCACGGAAUGCGAACUAGCAUCUGGGAGCCGAAAAAGGGACGAGACGCAAUGGCGGAGAAGACGACGAUGCCAUGA